AUGCAGGUCUGGCUUUGUUCGCAGAAAGAAAAUUACCAUCAGACAACCAAGACCAACAUCACCAUGACCACACGUACUGGGUUUUCUACAAAACAGUACCUGCCUCAUGAUGCAGCGGGUGCAUCUCAGCCACAGCCUCCGCUGGCCACCUCUUCACAGCACAUCGCAGAGGCAACGGAGCAACGUGAGGAGCGUGCAAGCAUCGACUCGGCAUCCAGCUCGAGGAGAAACUCCAUUCAGGGUCAUUUAGAGCGUCUCAGGCGCCGUACGGCCUUCAUGAUUUCGGGCGAGUCAGUAAUUGACCCCAUCGAAUGGAAUUACCAGCGGGCAUCACCAAAAGAGCCUGUGUGGGAUUGGUUUGCGAUGGACAAUGUCUUUCACCGACCAGCACCAAGCGCCCGUGGAGAUUGCAAACACCUGAUUCGCCCGCUGUCUCCAAAGUCCCAGCCGACUCGGGAUCAAGUGGAACUAGAGCGAGCCGUGAGGGCAUAUGAGGACCGACUUCGUCCUGUUGAGGAUAAAGACGCAAAGCCAACAGACGCAACCGCCAACCCUCCACAAGUUCAUUUACCUGUCCCCCUCCUGGACUACCAACCCGCAAAGCAGGAACUGGACAAAAACGGGAUUCCUAAAUUUUGCCCUCCGCUUCAGCCUCAAUCUCUCAAACGGAAACCCUCGGGUAACGCCGACGGAACUAAUGAGGAUGGCGGACGCAAGAGAGUCAAAACGGCGAGCCUCGCCUAG